AGGAGGAUGGGUGUAACAACAUGCAGCUUUCAGGAAGGGAACCUCAGACACUCACUGCCACUGAGAGGAGAAAUGGCGCAGAAAGGAGUUCAGCUGGACCGGGAAAUCUUCUCUUGUCCCAUCUGUCUGGAUCUACUGGAGGAUCCGGUGACUAUUCCCUGUGGACAAAGCUACUGCAUGAAGUGCAUUCAACAACACUGGGAUAGGCAGGUAUUUCACAGCUGCCCUCAGUGUAGGCAGAGCUUCACACAGAGGCCUGUCCUGCUGAAAAACACCCUAUUAGCUGCUUUAGUGGAGGAGCUGAAGAAGACUGGACUCCCAACUGCUCCUGCUGAUCACUGCUAUGCUGGACCUGAAGAUGUGGCCUGUGAUGUCUGCACUGGGAGAAAACGGAAAGCCUGUAAGUCCUGUCUUAUGUGUCUUAUAUCUUAUUGUGAGAAACACCUCCAGCCUCAUCAUGACGUAGCUCCAUUAAAAAAAAACACGCUGAUGGAGCUCUCCAAGAAGCUCCAGGAGAACAUCUGCUCUCGUCACGACGAGGUGAUGAAGAUGUUCUGCCGUACUGAUCAGCAGUGUAUCUGUUAUCUCUGCUCUGUGGAGGAACAUAAAGGCCACGACACAGUGUCAGCUGCAGCAGAGAGGACUGAGAGGCAGAGAGCGCUGGAGGGGAGCCGACAAACCAUCCAGCAGAGGAUCCAGAACAGCGAGAAGGUGGUGAGGCUGCUUCAGCAGGAGGUGGGGACCAUUGAUCGCUCUUCUGAUAAAGCAGUGGAGGACAGUGAGAAGAUGUUCACUGAGCUGAUCCGUCUCAUGGAGAAAAGAAGCUCUGAUGUGAAGCAGCAGGUCAGAGCCCAGCAGAAGAGGGAAGUGAGUCGAGUCAAAGAGCUUCAGGAGAAGCUGGAGCAGGAGAUCUCUGAGCUAAAGAAGAGAGAUGCUGAGCUAAAGCUGCUCUCUCACACAGAGGAUCACAACCAGUUUCUACACAACUACCCCUCACUGUCUGCCCUCAGUGAACCUACACACUCAUCCAGCACCAACAUCCGUCCUCUGUGCUACUUUGAGGACGUGACGGCGGCUGUGUCAGCAGUCAGAGACAAACUACAGGGUGUCCUGAGAGAGGAAUGGACAAACGUCUCACCGACUGAAGUGAAUGUUUUGCUGUCACCAGCAGAGCCUCCCACCAGAGCUGGGUUCUUAAAAUAUUCACAGGGAAUCACACUGGAUCCAAACACAGCACACAAAUAUCUGUUAUUAUCUGAGGGGAGCAGAAAAGCAACAUACAUGACACAACCACAGUGUUAUUCUAGUCACCCAGACAGAUUCAUUGCAUGGCGGCAGGUCCUGAGUAGAGACAGUCUGACUGGACGUUGUUACUGGGAGGUGGAGCGGAGAGGGAGAGCAGUUUUUGUAGCAGUCGCAUACAAGAACAUAAGCAGAGCAGGGAGCAGGAAUGAAUGUUUCUUUGGAAACAAUGACAAAUCCUGGUCGUUAGAUUGUUACCAAAACAGUUAUUCAUUUCGUUACAACAGAAUCAACACUCCCGUCUCAGGUCCUCAGUCCUCCAGAGUAGGAGUGUACCUGGCUCACAGAGCAGGUAUUCUGUCCUUCUACAGCAUCUCUGAAACCAUGACUCUCCUCCACAGAGUGCAGACCACAUUCAUUCAGCCGCUACAUGCUGGAGUUUGUCUUUAUAAUUAUGAAACCACAGCUGAGUUGUGUAAACUGAAAUAGCCUGAAGUCCUUUGAGGAACUCUUCUACUUCUUAAACUCAUUGUGUGUCCAUCAUUGUUGCUGAGAGCUGAUUGUUCAUGUCUUCACUGCACAGAGAUCAGCUGUCAAUCAAACAUUAUGGGUGGUGCUUUAACAUCUUCUCAUGAGUUGUUCUGUAAAUGUUGGAGCUUCUUUAGGCGGCGCUCCUUCCUGUGUCUGUUUAGCCAUGGAGGCUGUCACUGUUCAGGAUGAUUUAUGUUAACCUGAACUGAGAAUUCUCUGCAUGAAAAUGUAAACUUUGCUCUAAUAAAGGUGAAUAUGAUUAUUGAUGCUUUUAUAUUUUCGUAUUUCUCUUUUAAUGCUUGGGUCUUAAGAAAGAAAGCAUCAGAGCUUCUUUUAUUGUAAAUAUUUUAUACUCACUACAGAGGCAUUUAGAAUGACGUGUAUUUUUGACGGACUAAAUGUUAUUGUUGUUGCUAAAAUCGUCUAAUGAUGUACUCUUGCUGUUUAAAAUGUAUUUCAUUAUACAAUGUCCAUUUAAAAUGAUAUUGAUCACCCUAAGAUCAUAAUCCCGUAUUUUAUUUUAAUUAGCUCAGAUUUUGGUCAGAAAAAUUUAUUGUGUGGGAAAAAAAUAACACCACAUUUACAUGUCUGGAAAAAAUAAAAUGUUGGAGUUUUUCUUGUUAA